UUCCCAUGACCUCUCAAUGGCUGUUAAACACAUACCUUCUUCUCCCUCAAUAUAAUCGUCCCCUCUCUCAGUACCCUCUGCGUCCUAUAAGCAGCCUUGGGCCUACCAAGUUGGUCAGCAAUGGCUAAACCUCAAAGAUUGCAGGCCUUUGGCUGCUUUCUUUUCUUCUCUGGUCUUCUUUCUUCAUUAUCAUCAUCUACUCUUGCAUUGUCUGACGCUGAAGCAUCUUAUAUCGCUCAUCGCCAACUCCUAGCCCUCCCUGAAAAUGGCGAACUUCCUGAAGGUUUUGAAUAUGAAAUCAAAAUAAUUCGAACUUUUGCAAAUCAAAGGCUCAAGAGGGCUUACAUUGGCCUUCAAGCCUGGAAAAAGGCUAUGUACUCCGAUCCAUUGAACACAACUGGCAACUGGGUUGGACCCAAUGUGUGUGCCUACAACGGUGUCUUCUGUGCUCCAGCAUUGGAUGACCCCAAGUUGAGUGUUGUGGCUGGCGUUGAUCUUAAUCACGCUGACAUUGCUGGAUACCUUCCAGCGGAGUUGGGGCUGAUGACCGAUCUUGCAUUGUUCCACAUAAAUUCUAACAGGUUUUGUGGAAUUAUACCCAAGAGCUUGUCUAAGCUUACGCUAAUGCAUGAGUUUGAUGUCAGCAACAACCGCUUUGUUGGUCCUUUCCCAGAAGUUGCUCUGUCUUGGCCAGGCGUCAAGUACCUUGAUAUCAGAUUCAAUAAUUUUGAAGGCAAAUUACCGCCUGGGAUUUUCGAAAAGGACAUUGAUGCAUUGUUCUUGAACAACAACAGGUUCACCUCCACCAUUCCUGAAAAUAUUGGCAAAUCCACUGUGUCAGUUGUGACAUUUGCCAACAACAAAUUCAAAGGAUGCAUUCCACACAACAUUGGCAAGAUGUCGAACCUGAAUGAGAUUGUUUUCAUGAACAAUGACCUUGGUGGUUGCUUCCCAGCAGAAGUUGGGUUGCUUGGCAACGUCACUGUCUUCGAUGCUAGCUUGAACUCAUUUACAGGUAUCUUGCCACAAAGUUUUUCGGGCUUGAAGAAGGUUGAUCUCUUGGAUAUUUCGCACAACAAGCUGACAGGAAUUGUACCCGAGAAUGUUUGCAAAUUGCCAAGCUUGUCCAAUUUCACAUUCUCUUACAACUACUUCAACGGAGAGGCUAAUGCUUGCAUAACACCUUCAAGGAAGGACAUUGUGUUUGAUGACACCAGAAACUGUUUGGCUGGUAGGCCAAAGCAGAAGUCAUUUAAGGAAUGCCAACCCGUGGUAAGUCGCCCCGUGGAUUGUAGCCAGGACAAGUGUGCUGGAGGCUCUUCACCUUCUAAACCACAGCCAAAACCACCAGUCACAGCUCCUUCAACGCCAACACCAGAACCAUCCACGCCAGAGGAGCCGCAGCGAAAAUCUCCAAUAUACCCACACCGUAAACCACUGCCACCAUCACCUGAUCCACAUGAUGUAUCUCCAGUGACUCCUACUAGGCCACCAGCACCCGAAAACCCAGCACCAGAGCCACCAAAACCAACGCCGGCACCCAAAAACCGUACUCCCAACUCGCCAGAACCAACAGCAGCCCCAAAGAACCCAAUUCCCCAACCACCAGAAUCAUCACCAAUGCCUUCACCCGACCCAUAUAGUAAAUCUCCUGUUGGAUGGGUUCGCUCACCUCCACCACCAGUUCAAUCUCCACCUCCACCAGUCUAUUCCCCACCACCACCAGUCUACUCCCCACCCCCACCCGUCCACUCACCCCCGCCACCUCCACCCGUCUACUCCCCACCACCACCAGUCUUCCCUCCACCACCAGUCUACUCCCCUCCGCCACCCGUCCACUCUCCACCUCCACCAGCUUACUCACCACCACCACCACCUGUACAGUCCCCACCUCCACCAGCUUACUCACCACCACCACCACCUGUACAGUCCCCACCUCCACCAGUUUAUUCACCACCACCACCAGUACAAUCCCCACCACCAGCUCCAACUCCAUUACCACCACCCGUACAAUCUCCACUUCCACCGGUUUACUCACCACUACCAGCAGCUCCAACUCCAUCUCCUUCUACUGUUGCUUCUGCACCAUCACCUACCAAGGAAUUUAUCCUCCCACCAAACUUAGGAUUCCAGUACUCAUCGCCACCUCCACCAAUAUUCCCAGGCUACUAAAUGGUAUAACCUUGACAUCGUUAUAUUGUAUACUCUCCCUUUUGGGUAUUAAAAAAAAAAAAGGGCCACGGACAAAGGCAUUUUGUCAGCUUAACUUCUCAAUGGAGUUGCGAUUUCCAUUCAAAUUGAAAUU